CAGGUGCCUGCUAGCGUGACUAUGCGCGUGACGUCACAUCAUCAGGUGAUGCCGCCGGUCCGCUCGCGAGCAUAGAGGGGAACGUCUGGACAGGUUUGGGUCAGGUCCAUCAACCCACGAUGUAUGAACCCGUUCUGCUCACCGCUCUGAACAGCGACGGACCACUCCCGAGCCGCAUACAAGUCUAUCCGACACCGAAGAAAGCCCGUAUAAUCUACGAGCUUCUCAGAAUUCCCGAGGUCACAAGGACCCGUGCCCUAAAUUACUCGCCGCAUCCUGGAUGCCGAAGGACGUGGGCGACUUAAAGGCGCGUCAGGGAGGUCGGCGAGCCCGUCUGCGCUCUCUGCGGCUUCUAGGGACAUGCUUAGGCUCUGGCUGAGUCUUGUGGUCGGCCUGCUGGCCUUCAGCGGCAGCGUACAUGCCAUCGGUCAGGCUACUGCUAUCUCAUUCGAACAGUCCUCGUCGUCGUUCCCCAUUGUCAGCAAUGACAUCGCCACGCCUAUCUUGCUCUCUGAAGACGAAUGGGGUGGUGUUCAACGUGCCGCCGGCGACUUUGCCAUGGAUAUUCACAGGGUCUCGGGCGUGAUGCCCCUUCUGUUCAACGUGACCACGCCUGCGACGCAGUCAAACUUGAGCCUUGUUGGAGCGCGCGCUAUCAUUGUUGGAACUUUGGGACAAUCCUCACUGAUCGACGAGGUGGUGAACAACACCGGAAUUGAUGUCUCGAGCGUGGAGGGUCACUGGGAGGCAUUCUUGACCAAGGAGGUCUCAAACCCGCUCCCUGGUAUAAGCAGCGCAUACGUUAUGAUUGGCGCAGACAAGCGUGGUACGAUCUAUGCUAUGUACGACCACUCUGAGCAGAUCGGCGUCUCGCCAUGGUAUUGGUGGGCUGAUGUACCGCCUAAGGCCAAUCCUGAAAUCUACGCCGCAUCUGCUGGUUGCGCACACGGCUCGCCUACCGUGCAAUACCGUGGUAUCUUCUUGAACGAUGAGGCCCCAGCAUUGACAGACUGGGCUAUGGUCCGCUUCACCAAUGGAACUGGUGCCCCUCUGACGGGUUCUCCGUUCAACCACUAUUUCUAUGCAAGCCUCUUCGAGCUGUUGCUUCGCAUGAAAGCGAACUAUCUGUGGCCUGCUAUGUGGUCCAGUGCAUUUGGUGUCGACGAUACUUUGAACCAGCCUCUGGCUAAUUGGUACGGCAUCGUCAUGGGUACAAGCCACGAAGAACCCAUCAUGCGCUCGAUCCCUGUAGAGUGGACUCUCUUCGGAGACGGACCAUGGGACUAUAGUACGAACAAGGCGAACAUCUACCCAUUCUGGGUCGAGGGUGCCGAACGCGCUAAGCCUUAUGAGAACAUCUUCACUGUCGGGCUGCGCGGUGAUGGUGAUGCGGCCAUCGCGGGCGGUCAGAACAUUCAGCUUCUCGAGCAGGUCAUCAGUGAUCAGCGAACGAUCCUCAGCGACACAUUCCCGGGAGUAAAUGUGACUACCAUCCCGCAGAUGUGGUGUCUCUACAAGGAGGUACUGGGAUACUACGAAGACGGCAUGACCGUUCCAGACGACAUCGCCCUCCUCUGGACUGAUGACAACUAUGGCAACAUGGAGCGGCUACCAGUGGUAUCCGAACGUAACAGGAGUGGUGGUGCCGGAGUAUAUUAUCAUUAUGACUACGUCGGUUCGCCUCGCAACUACAAGUGGAUCAUGAGUAGCCAGCUCAGCAAGACGUACGAGCAAAUGUCAUUGACGACCGCUCGUAACGCGACUCGCAUCUGGAUCGUCAACGUCGGUGACCUCAAGCCUUACGAGAUGGAGACCGAGUUCUUCAUCACGUACGGUUGGGACACAUCCAUUUGGAACUACGACAACCUCGACACGUUCGUGACUCAGUGGGCGCAGCGUGAAUUUUCGUUGUCUUCCGAGGAUGCCGACACUGUCGCGGGUAUCAUUGCGAACGUCACGCGCUUCAACGCGAACUGCAAGCCCGAGCUUCUGAAUGCAACAACUUUCAGCCUUACCAGCUAUCGCGAGGCACAGAACAUGUUGGCUAUGUGGGAGGCGACGAACGCCUCUGCGACCGCUAUCCAAGCGAAGCUGCCAGAGAGCAUGGUCCCCGCUUACUUCGAACUCGUAUAUCACCCUGUCCAGGCCAGCUACACCUUAGCACACAUGUGGAUCGCCACAGGCCUGAACAACCUGCGUGCGUCUCAAGCAUUCCUCAGCGCAAACGACUACGCCGAUCUCGUGGAGUACCUCUUCGAGGAAGACUGGAACCUCGAGGUUCAGUACGAUAGCCAACUGGACGGUAAAUGGGUCCACAUGAUGAGUCAGACCCACACGCUCUACGAGUACUGGCAAGAACCGUACUCGAAUGCCAUGCCACCUGUGUCGAGGCAACAGCCAUACAAGCAGGCCUUGGCUGGCCCGAUGCGCCUUGCUGUCGAAGGCUCACAAGGCGCAUGGCCAGGAGACAAUCAAUACAAUUGCGCCCAAGGCUAUGGCUGCCCGAACCCCACAGUAACGAUCGACCCAUACGUUCCUGAGGGCAACAGGUACUUCGUCGUUGGUGCUGGUGGACCUGCGCCCUUCAACUGGACAGCCACUACCAACGUCUCGUGGUUGGCUCUAUCUCCGUCGUCUGGCUACGUCUCGCCAAGCGCAUCGGAACAGUUUGUUUACGCCACUGUCGACUGGUCUCAGUUGGAGGAUACGCCCUCGGUUACGGCGUUCAUCGACUUCAACGCUACGGCGGCCAACCAGCCUAUGAUGUCCCAGCAGGUGUACUUCGUGGCGAACUACACUGCUGCCCCGAGCAACUUCACUGGGUUUGUCGAGGGCGACGGCGUUGUCAGUAUGGAGGCUGCACACUCGGCAAGGAACACCUCAGUGAACGGUAUCACCUGGACCGAGUUGCCCGGAUACGGCCGAACGCUGUCCGCCGUCACACCCUGGCCUCGCGGCGGAGACGAGUUGAACUUCACCGUAGGGACUGGUCCAAGCAUUGGUUAUGACUUCUACACAUUCAACAGUAUCAAUGGCAACAUCAGCGUCACGGCAUAUGUGGCUCCGUCGCUGAACUCGCUCGGACCCGAUAGGCCUCUGGCCAUCGGCAUGCAGAUCGACUCAGACGAGCCACAAGUCAGCUACUACAUCCCGAACUCUACUCCGGGAACGCUUCCCGACGCUUGGAGCCAAUGGGUCUCGGAGAACAUCGUCUAUGUACCGAUGAACUUCCGCGCCAGUCCCGGUGCACACAGUCUGACGGUGUGGAUGAUUGAACCGACGGUGAUACUGCAGAAGAUUGUGAUCGAUACCGGUGGAUUGCUACCCAGCUACCUCGGACCGCCGGAGAGCAUUCGCGUUUGA